AUGGCAUCAUCAAAUGAAGAGUUUAAUUCUGACAACAGCUUUUCAUCCCUGACUGGGACAGGAAAUCAGAACAUUGCCUUAGGAACUGAUGGACCUUCAGACUCAAGGUGUCCUAUCUGCUUGGAAAGAAUACGGAAUGUGGCCUUCUUAAAUCCCUGCUUCCAUAGAUUCUGCUUUGCUUGUAUCCUAGAAUGGUCUGAUAGGAAAGCAGAGUGUCCACUCUGUAAGCAGUGUUUUAACUCUUUCUUUCACACCAUAAGAUCUGAUACGGAUUUUGAAGAAUACAUUGUUCCCUUUGAAAAUGCAUCCUUCGGCAUGUGCGGGGAGAGGUCGGCUCAAAGACCUGAGACAUUGCCAGAUAAUGGGGUCUUGUAUCAAGGAUAUUCAGAUCUCCAGUCUCAAAGUAGGAUGAGAUCGUUUGAUGAACUGAUGAGACAGUUGAGCAUAAGGAGGUCAUCUCACCCAGGAGGAAUAUCCCUUGGGCAAAUUCGAGAGCAGGUUACAAUUAAGUUCAGGAGGGCCCUUUAUCGAUCUGGAGUGCGUGUCAGGAAUGUCCAAAGUGGAGGUUUUUAUAGGGAUAUAUCAGCAGAUUUUUUCCACAGGAAUCCUGUCCGCCUUAACAGGUUAGUUCCCUGGUUGAAACGUGAGCUGCGAGUGCUGUGUGGUACACAUGCAUUCUUGAUCCAAAACAUACAGCAUAUUGUUUUGAAUAACAUAACCAUCUAUGAUCUGGACAGCCAAUCAUUUGCAGAUAUUAUGCAACCCCAUUUACUCCACUACACCAAUCACUUCUUGCAUGAAUUCAUCAAUUUUGCCCGCUCCCCUUUCAACAUUAAAGCUUAUGACUGGCGAGCCAGUUAUGACAUUCCCUAUCCUAUGCAUGAUGAUGGGUUCCAGUCCUAUUCGUCAUUUACUACAUCAUCUUCAGAGGAGGAGGAGGAAGAAGAAGAGGAAGAAGGGGAAACUGAAGACUCAGAUGAGAAUGCGGGGGAAGAAGGAGAAUCAGUGACAAGUAAUGAGGAAGGAACUUGGGAUGAUGAAAUCCAAGGGUCAACCAGUUCCAGUUCUGACCAGGCUCUGGAUGAGUUUUUUCUUCCUUUUGGAUCUUCAAAUGGAGAACUUUUAAGAAGUGGAGACAACAUGCAUGUAUUUUUUCAAGCUGAUGCACAUUUAGGUACACACAACAGGCAUUGUCUAUUACAUAAAUGUGUUCUUGAUCAGAUAGAAGAGAGCACACCUAUGUUGUGCAAGUCCAUCCCCAAUUGUAUGGAGAGUGCAGAGCACAAUGUAGACGAUGAUGAAGAAGAAGAACUGGGAGAUGAGCAGGAAGCCUUGAGAAGCCAUAGCUUUGGUGGUUGCACUCAUAGUCAUAGUAAUGCAGGUUCGGCUGUCUCUACCAUUGCUCUGCUCAAUAGCAAUAACCAAAUGUUUAAUGCUCUGCAGGUUCCAUCUCAGGAGCAAGAAACAAAUAGCAUGGAUCAGACAACAAUGCCACAUCAGGACACACUUAGCACCAAGCUGAUCCAUCACAAAGGAGAGGAUAUAAUUGUUAUUGAGAUCAUGAGACCCCUGCAUAAGGAAUUUAAACCAAGGACUGGGUUUAGAUCCCUAGGAGAGGGUUCUUUAGUCAAGACAAUGCCCCUAAGUAUGGCAAAAAGCUCAAAAUGUGCCAUCUGCUUAGGGGGAAUCCAAGACACAACGUACUUGAACCCUUGCAAUCACAAGGUCUGCUUUGAUUGUAUACAGAAGUGGUCCAGAAAGAAAGUCAUAUGCCCACUGUGUAAGCAGCGUUUCCAUUCAUUCUUCCACACUGUAAGCACAAAAGGCGCAUUUUGCGAGUAUGUUCUGCCUUUGAAUGAUGGCUCCUUUUCUCAUUCAGAAAGCAGAGAGAGUCUUACAUCACCUCCUGACAAUGGAAUAGUGCAUGAUGAAAUUAGAGGAAUGCUAACUCAAAGAGAGAGGGAUAUUUAUCAGCUCAUGAGACAAUUUGCAGUAACAAAGAGACCUACUAACAAAGGUGUAAUAAGCCUUGGGAAAUUUAAAGCACAAGCAGUAAUUCAGUUUAGGAGAGCUCUAUACCGUACUGGGAUCCUAGUUCAAAAUGCCCCCAAUCCAGAUUUCAAACGAAUUGCUUCAGCAGAAUUUCUCAGCAGAAACCCUGGUGGCUUUGACAGAUUAAUCCCAUGGCUGAAGCGAGAAUUAAAAGUGCUGUGUGGCAAUCAGAGGCCGAUGAUCCAUACCUUGCAGAGUUUCAUCCUAAAUAAAAUGAUGCAGCACGACCUCCAGAGCAAGGAGUUCGAAGCUCUGUUACGGCCUCACUUGCGCCACUUCACAACUCACUUCCUGCACGAGUUUAUCAGUUUUGUGCAGUCGCCAUUCAGCGUGAAGAAGUAUGACUGGAAUGCCUCCUAUGAAUGCCCCACUCUUACAAGGGAAGAUUCUGAUUCUUUCACUUCUUCUGGAUCUUCCGACGAAGAACAUUCCCUGCUACCUGAUAAUGAUCAGGCAACCAAAGCCAACAGUAAUUUAGAUGAUGGAUCACUGGGAUGCUUCAACUCUGGUUCUGAGAAGGAUAUUACUGUUGUGUCUACUACGGCAGAUGUCACAAACCACAAAAACAACGAAGGGAAUGAUUUGGAAGACUUGUCCAACAGUGAUUCUGAAAAAGGGAGGUAUACAGCAGACAAGUUCCUAAAAAACAAGCUGCUGAAGUUGCAACCAGAUAAAAGAGCUCAAACAUUUGGAUCGUUCUCUCCAGCUCAGCUACUUCAGUGCAAAGAAGAAAGUGAAGACCUGAGGGAAUUGCAGCCUGUUGAGACUCACAGCUCGAAGAAUGCUGAAGCAUCUAAGAAUGCCUUAAAUUUACUAGCAUCAGGGGAUAAUAAUUAUAAGGCAUUUAGUUCGAAUCACAGCGAUGUUGCCGAAAUCAAUAGCAUCCAAAACUCCACAAAGGAAGAAGCAACCACAUGGCAGCAAGUGGAUUCCCCCACAAGGAAUUUGAGAAGUUCUUCUUCAGAAAGGUUCACAACAUUAUCUCCCAACAGGAAGAGUGUCCUGAAGAAGAGUGGAUCAAGGGGUAUGGGAUACCAUUCUGAAGAAGGAUAUUCUGCCCCAAAAGGAAGACAUGGAGGAAAAGGUAGAAGAAGGCAUCCACACGAGGAGAAGCAAUGUACAAACUAUUCCAGAGACAAGAGACAUAAGAGAGAGCAAAGGAAGUCAAAGUCUAGGGAUGCAAGUUUAUUUCUCUGGAGCACUCUGCCAUUAAGAAGUGAGAGCAUUGUGGCUAGAGAUACAAAUAAGCCAAAGUCUCAGAACACACAUCAUUUUAGAAAACCAAGGAGCAAAGAUUAUGAUUGUUUAAGAAACAGAGUUUCUAGUGAACCAAACUGCAGAUAUCUUUACUACAGACAAGACUCUGAGAGAUACAGGUAUGAAGAACCAUUGUAUAGUAAGGGUGAGUCAGCCAGAGUUUAUGGUUCAAAUCCACUUGAUAAUUGCAGGGAGAGAUUGUUUUCCUCCCCAGAAAAUAGAAUCUCAGACAAUCAAGAAAGACUGGCUAAAGGCUGGUACCACUAUUCAGAGAGAUGCAGAACCACAGGGAGACCCAGAGGCAGGUGUGUUGUGGUAGGACAAGAGGGAGGGCUUUGCGAUAAACUUGGUGGGAAAAGGAGACACAAGUCACACCACAUGGAGCCUGGCCAUUCAAGGGGAGGCCUGAGAUAG